AUGUCUGUGACAGAUUAUGUUGUGAGGGUCUGCCGGCAAUACAAUGCCAACCAACUCAAGCGUGCCUUAGCUAUUGUCGGUCUUUGCGCGGCGUUUGCCAUAGUUUUGCUUUUUCCUGGAGUGAAGGAGCAUAUUAUACCUGUUAGUCCAGCACAGGACGUACUGGAGGUUGAAAAAGCAGCCCCCGUUCCUGAGACGAGCUUCUACUUAGCCAGCGAUGCCACUGCAGAUGGGGAUGAUGCACCAGUGCAUAUUAUAGAAACGUCACAGGAAUCCGAAUCGGUGGCAUAUGAUCCAUAUUCGGACUAUAACAGUGCAGCCUGGAAAUUAGAAUGGAAAGGAGAGUUUAAGCAAUGUAUUGGUCCAGCUGGAACACUUCUAAGCAGGAACGAUAAACAAUUCUUGAUGAAAGGAUACAACUGGAAUGUGUCAAGUUUCCCAAGCCCAGUCUUUGGUUCAUACGAGGCGUGGGAUCUUGACAGUAGUCUCUGUACUGAUCGUUUUUCGCAAUAUGGUGCCUAUGGAUAUGGAAAUGAGACCGGUGAAAUAUGGGCCAAUGUGAACUUGGGAUAUCUACAAGAAGAUUGCCUGCGGCGCAACAUUGAGCGGUACCAACCCCACAAUAUCGAGAAGCUGCCAACACUCCACAAGGGACAUGAUAGGCGUGAGAAUGAAGAAACAUCUGCACCCACCCAAGACAGUCCUGGCAGUUAUCAUACUCGCACGGCAGUCAUCCUACGCUCAUGGAUAAACAAGCAUUACACGGAAAAUGACCUCCAUUUCAUUCGGUCCAUGAUCAUGGAACUCUCGCUAUUCUCCGGAGCAGAAUAUGAAGUAAUCCUCUUAGUCGAUUCAAAAGAUAUUGAAAUACCCGACCCGUCAGACAAUACUGGCAUGGACGAGUUCAAGAAGAAAUACCUCCCCCAGGAGCUCCAAGGCAUUGCAGUCUUCUUCGAUGAGAAAAUCCUCGCUGACUGGUACCCGAAGAUUGAUGUUCACGAGGCGAUCCUACAAUAUUUCCAGCCGAUCCAGAUAUUCUCCCGGCUCAAUCCCCAGUACGACUAUAUCUGGCAAUUCGAGUUGGAUGCGCGGUACACUGGACAUUUAUACCAUUUUCUCGAACAAGCAGCCAUCUUUGCCAAGAAACAACCUCGCAAGAAUCUCUGGGAGCGCAACUCCUAUUUCUACAUCCCAGCUGUUCACGGUGAUUGGGAACAAUUCAUGGACACCGUGGAUCGAGGAAUGAGCAACCACGAAGAUGUCUGGGGCCCACAACCCGCCAUCGGCAUCCACGUCGAAGACGAGUCCCCACCUGUACCAACCUCCGACGAUCAAGAUAACCUUUGGCAAUGGGGAAUCGGCGAAGAAGCCGACGUUAUAACCUGGAUGCCCCAGUUUAAUCCAAAGAACACAGGCUGGCCCUUUCGCGACCGGAUUUUCAAUUUCUGGCAGGGCGGACGCACGCCUGUUCGCGCGUCCCCUGUUGCUAUGUCUCGUGUCUCGGCGCGACUUCUCAGACUGAUGCAUAAUGAUAAAACCAGAUCUGGACUGGGUUUGGCAUCGGAGAUGUCGCCGGUUUCCUGGGCUCUUUUUUAUGGCUUGAAAUCAGUGCAGGUUCCGCAGCCUAUCUAUCAUGAAAAGAGGUGGGAUCCCGUGGAGCUGAAUCGUCGCGCGAAUCCUGGGAAACCCGGUAGUAUCAAUGCCGGCAAGGAUAGUAUUUGGAGUUGGCAGAUGCAUGAUGAUAUUAUGUUGAAGUUAUCUUACAUGUUUUCGUCUGACUUUCCCGAGAAGCUUUAUCGAGCUUGGUUAGGACUUGACGAUACUGCUGAGUGGGAGAAUAAUCACCAGCGCCUUUGUCUGCCUCCUAUGCUCUUACAUCCUAUUAAAAGGACCGAGUGA